AUGAGGCGGGCGAGUCGCUGAGCGGCCCCGGCAGCACCGGGCGGCCCCCGGGCCGCGCCAUGACCUCGGCGCGGGAGGCGGCCGCGAGUCCCCCGCUGCCCGAGGAACGACGCCGGGCCGCGCUGGAGCAGCUGCCGCCGGCCGCGCACUGCAACAAACCGCUGACGCCGUUCGGCAUCGAGGACAUCCUCGCCCGGCCCUCCCCGCCCGCGCCCGGCGCUGCCCCGGCCCGGAUCCCGGAGAAGCCGGCGGGUCCCGCACCGCCCCGCACCGCCCCGUCGUCGCCGCUCUGCGCGCUGGAGGAGCUCGCCAGUAAGACGUUCCGCGGGCUGGAAGUCAGCGUGCUGCAGGCGGCCGAAGGUCGGGACCCUCUGAGCGCCCUCGCGCAGCGCCCGACGUCGAAGAAGCGCCGCAAGUCGCGCACGGCGUUCAGCAACCAGCAGCUCUUCGAGCUGGAGCGACGCUUCGUGCGCCAGAAAUAUUUGUCCCCCGCCGACCGCGACCAACUGGCGCAGCGCCUGGCGCUCAGCUCGGCUCAGGUCAUCACCUGGUUCCAGAACCGCCGCGCCAAGCUCAAACGCGACCUGGAGGAGAUGCGCGCAGACGUGGCCUCUCUGCAGGCGCUGCGGCUGCGGGAGCCGCCCCCGGCCCCCCCCGGCCCCGCGGAGUUGUCCGAGGAGGAGAUCGACGUGGGGGCCUGAAAGGGACGGGGGGGGGGCGGCCGCUCGGGGCGUUUCGAUGCGUUUCGGUGCGUUUCGGGGCGUUUCGGUGCGUUUCGGGGC